UUCAGUCCAGGUGACAGAGUCCUGGGUGCCCCAGGGUUGGCUUGACAGUUUCAUCCCCGCCCACUUGCAGGAGAGCGCUGGGCCGGAUUGCAAGCGCACCAGGAACAUAAAAGCCACUGCGGCGGCGGGGACUCCGGAACAGCGGCCGCACCAUGCACGUGAACGGCAAAGUGGCGCUGGUGACCGGCGCGGCUCAGGGCAUCGGCAGAGCGUUUGCAGAGGCGCUGCUGCACAAGGGUGCCAAGGUAGCGCUGGUAGAUUGGAAUCGUGAAACAGGUAUGAAGUGUAAAGCUGCUCUGGAUGCGCAGUUUGAACCUCAGAAGACUCUCUUCAUCCACUGCGAUGUGGCCGACCGGGAACAACUGAGAGAUACUUUCAGAAAGGUUGUAGACCACUUUGGAAGACUGGACAUUUUGGUCAAUAACGCUGGAGUGAAUAAUGAGAAACACUGGGAAAAAAUGCUGCAGAUUAAUUUGGUUUCUGUCAUCAGUGGGACCUAUCUUGGUUUGGACUACAUGAGUAAGCAAAACGGAGGUGACGGCGGUAUCAUCAUCAACAUAUCAUCUAUCGCAGGACUCAUGCCAGUUGCUCAACAGCCUGUUUACUGUGCUUCUAAGCAUGGCGUAGUUGGAUUCACGCGCUCAGCAGCGAUGGCUGCUAACCUUAUGAAAAGUGGUGUGAGAAUAAAUGCCAUUUGCCCAGGCUUUGUUAACACGCCCAUCCUCGAAACCAUUGAGAAGGAGGAAAACAUGGGACCGUAUAUAGAAUAUAAGGAUCACAUCAAGGAGCUGAUGAAAUGCCAUGGGGUUAUGGACCCACCAGUGAUUGCCAAUGGACUAAUAAUACUCAUUGAAGAUGAUGCUUUAAAUGGCGCUAUUAUGAAGAUCACAGUUUCUAAGGGGAUUCAUUUUCAAGACUACAGUGCAACUCCAGUGCAUGUAAAAGCUCAGUGAACAUCUUCUGCAUCAGCCAUCUCUGCAAAUAAGCACAAGUGGCUGAUACUCAGACCAUAUCUUCAUUUAAAUAUAGUUUUUUAAAUAAAAUGUUAUUAUUUGA